AUGGCCCUGGUCACCGUGAGCCGCUCCCCCCCGGCCAGCGGCCACUCCACGCCUGUGGGGCCCACGGACCAGGCAUCCAAGCAGGGAAGCCGGCUCCAGCGAAGGCAGAGCUUCGCAGUCCUCCGCGGGGCUGUCCUGAGACUGCAGGAUGGGGAGGACGAGGGAGAAGCCGCUGAGGCCGGCCCCGAGGCGGUGGAGAGACCCCCGGGUGAAGAACGGCCCCACGGGGACCAGACGGAUGACGGGCAUGGGCCCCAGAGCCCCAGGAAGCAGGAGCAGAGCCAGCACCUGCAUCUCAUGGUGGAGCUGCUGAGGCCGCAGGACGACAUCCGCCUGGCAGCCCAGCUGGAGGCAGCCCGGCCCCCCCGGCUCCGCUACCUGCUGGUAGUUUCCACACGAGAACACCUGAGCCGGGAUGAGAUGGUCCUCCUGGGGGUGGACUUCCCCGACAGCAGUUCCCCCUGCUGCACCCUGGGCCUGGUCUUGCCUCUGUGGAGUGACACCCAGGUGUACCUAGAUGGAGACGGGGGCUUCAGCGUGACGUCUGGUGGGCAGAGCCGAAUCUUCAAGCCGAUCUCCAUCCAGACCAUGUGGGCCACGCUCCAGGUGCUGCACCAGGCGUGUGAGGGAGCUCUCGGCAGUGGCCUCGUGCCGGGGGGCAGUGCCCUGACCUGGGCUGGACACUACCAGGAGAGACUGAGCUCCGACCAGAGCUGCCUCAACGAGUGGAUGGCCAUGGCCGACCUGGAGUCUCUGCGGCCUCCCAGCGCCGAGCCUGGCCGGCCCUCAGAACAGGAGCAGAUGGAGCAGGCGAUCCGGGCUGAGCUGUGGGAUGUGCUGGACACCAGUGACCUGGAGAGCGUCACUUCCAAAGAGAUCCGCCAGGCCCUGGAGUUGCGCCUGGGCCGGCCGCUGCAACAGUACCGUGACUUCAUCGACAACCAGAUGCUGUUGCUCAUGGCCCAGCAAGACCGCGCCUCCCGCAUCUUCCCCCACCUCUACCUGGGCUCAGAGUGGAAUGCGGCGAACCUGGAGGAGCUACAGAGAAACAGGGUCAGCCACAUCUUGAACAUGGCCCGCGAGAUCGACAACUUCUACCCGGAGCGCUUCGUCUACCACAACGUGCGCCUCUGGGACGAGGAGUCAGCCCAGCUGCUACCCCACUGGAAGGAGACACACCGCUUCGUGGAGGCCGCUAGAGCCCAGGGCACCCGGGUGCUGGUACACUGCAAGAUGGGCGUCAGCCGCUCAGCUGCCACGGUGGUCGCUUAUGCCAUGAAGCAGUACGGCUGGAGCCUGGAGCAGGCCCUGCGCCACGUUCAGGAGCUCCGGCCCAUCGCCCGCCCCAACCCUGGCUUUCUGCGCCAGCUGCAGACCUACCAGGGCAUCCUGACCGCCAGCCGGCAGAGCCAUCUCUGGGAGCAGAAAGCGGGUGGGGCCUCCCCAGAGGAGCCCCUCGCCCCUGAUGUCUCUACACCGUCCCCACCGCUUCCGCCAGAGCCAGGGGGCAGAGGGGAGAUGGACACUAUGGGUUUGGAGGAGAGCCAGGCAGCCCUGACAGAAAAGCCUGGACCACGGCCCCGUAUCAACCUCCGAGGGGUCAUGAGGUCCAUCAGCCUCCUGGAGCCUGCCUCGGAGCUGGAAGGCACCUCAGGGGCCAGUGACCUGCCAGAGGUGUUUUCUUCGAAUGAGUCUUCAGAGGAAGACCCUCCAGAGCCCCUCCCUCAGCUCUCAAAGGCCAAGGGAGGCGGGCGGGGCCGCAAGGGACCUUGGCCUGCUCUGAAGUCCCGCCAGUCCGUGGUCGCCCUCAACAGCGCCGCCCUGGUGGCCAGCCAGACCCAGGCCUUCCAGGAGCAGGGGGGUGCUUGCUGUGCCUCCACACGCAGGCUCCGGGGGAAGGUGGUGAGGCAGGCCAGUGUGGAUGGCAGUGGGGAGGAGGGCGAGGCCUGA